CCGAACACACAGACUACUCAUCACAACAUAUUUUUUAUAAAAAACUCAAAUUUUUUUGUAUAAUAUAUUUUACAAAAUUGUAAUGAAUAAUAUCUACAAAGGCUUCAAUCCUUUCAGCGACGGCGGCGGCUUUCGGCUCUCCACGAGGUCCAAGAAGUUCGGCGAUGAGGUCAAAGACUACGAACUCGGCGGGGCGCCCACGGACUCCGUGAGUGCUCUGGAGUUCUCCGGGCCCUCCUGUUCCUUUCUGGGACUGUCAGCUGCUAGCUGGGACGGGACGGUUCGAUUUUGGCGCAUCGAUCAGGAAAAGUGCGAGGCCGUUCCAAAGGCCAUGACGAAGCUGAAUAGUCCUCCUCUGGACACGUCCUGGAGCGACGAUGGCACGGGGAUCCACGUGGGCGACUGCGAGGGGAAUGUCGUGACGUGGGAUCUGAUGACGGACAAGGUGCUGCAGCUGGGCCGCCACAGUAAGGGAGUGCGUAGCUGCCACUCGGUGACGGGAUCGGGGUCCUCCUACCUGAUGACCACCUCCUGGGACAAGACGGUCAAGUUUUGGGAUCCUCGGAUGUCGGCGAUGGUCGCCAGCCUUCAACUUCCGGAGCGUAGCUAUGCGGCGGAUGUGCGCCACCCUCUGGCGGUGGUGGCCUGCGCCGACAGCUCAGUCAUAGCCAUCUCCCUGGAGAACGGUCCCGUAGAGAAGGGUCGGUUCAAGGUGCCGCGCUGCGGUACUCUGAGCAACCAAGUGCGUUCACUGGCCAUCUACAACGCUGGUCAAGACGAAGGCGGGAUGGGAUGGGCCCUGAGCCGAAUCGACGGCCGGGUGAGUUUCCAGAACCUGUUAAAUAGCCAAAACAGGGAUUUCAUGAUGAAGUGCCACGUGGACGUCGAUCACAACGAAAAAAAUGACGUGUUCGCGGUCAACGACCUCAGCUUCCAGCCCGGGACUCACGUCUUAGCCACGGCGGGAUCGAACGGCCAGUAUAAAUUCUGGGACUACAACAACCGGCGCCUGAUCAAGCAGAGAUCCGUAUCCGACAUGUCCCUCACUAAGUGCACCUUCAACGGGAAGGGCGAUAUGUUCGCCUAUGCUGUGGGCUACGACUGGUGCAUGGGGCACGACUACUUCGACCCCAAUUUUACUCCGCAGAUAUUCCUCAAAUCAGUGGAGCACGUAAGGCAUCGCAAAUACCGACGAACGGAAUCAGACGGGGAACUUAGUGUAAGGAUUUCUUAAUUAAAUCUUGGAGUU